GAGCUAAGCUGGACUACUCACAUAAAUGUGUUGAAGGAAGGCUAUUUUAACCUUUUCUUUGUAAAAACAAAAUGGAGGUUGGAGAUAAAAAGAAGAAGAGAAGUUCAUAUCCAUUGUAUUGCUUCACUAAAUGCUGUCAAAAUCCUCCAAUUCCAGAAAUGGAACCACAACCGAACAGUGUCAUCAGUACCAUAUCUCAACAUAAGCAGCCCGGAGGAUGGAAAGCCAUGCCUUAUAUCUUAGGAAAUGAAACGUUUGAGAGGUUAGGUACAUUUGGAUUGGGAGCGAACUUGAUGGUGUAUUUGAUGAGAGAAUAUCACAUGGAGCAGGUGACUGCUGCAAACGCAAUCAACAUAUGGAAUGGGAUUACCAAUUUUGCACCUCUGGUUGGUGCCUUCAUUUCAGAUGCUUAUCUUGGCAGGUUUCGGACUAUUGUUUUUGCUUCCUGUGCUGCUUUUCUGGGAAUGGCGACGGUGACAUUAACAGCAUGGUUGCCUCAUCUCCAGCCUCCCAAGUGCAACCUACAAACCCAGUCUGCUGAUAACUGUAUAAGUGCGACGCCCCAUCAAUUGGCCGUUCUAUUUGUAGGCUUAGGCAUCUUAUCUAUCGGCACCGGCGGAAUUAGGCCAUGCAGCCUCCCUUUCGGUGUCGAUCAGUUCGACAAAACUACAGAACAAGGCAUCAAAGGAGUUAACAGCUACUACAAUUGGUAUUACACAAGUUUUACGGUCGUCAUUAUGAUCGCUUUAACUGUUGUGGUGUAUAUUCAAGAUUCUGUGAGCUGGGCCCUUGGCUUUGCCAUCCCUACAUUUCUCAUGCUUGCUUCUAUUUUUCUCUUCUUGAUUGGCAAUAAAAUAUAUGUUCAUGUCAAGCCACAAGGAAGCAUUUUUUCUGGGCUUGCUCAAGUUUUUGUGGCUGCUUAUAACAAGAGAAAUCUCAGCAUUCCUGAGCAGCAGGAAAUUAUUGAUGGGGUUUUUUAUGAUCCUCCAGAACAGGAUAGUCUACUCUCAAAGCUUCCUAUUACCAACCAGUUCAGGUUCUUGAACAAGGCAGCUAUGAUUGAGAAAGGCGACGUAAACGCAGAUGGUUCAUGUGCGAAUGAAUGGAGGUUGAGCAGUAUCCAACAGAUUGAAGAAGUGAAAUGUCUGCUCAAAAUAGGACCCGUCUGGGCGACCGGAAUUGUUAGCUUUACUGCCAUACUCCAACAAGGAACAUUUACAGCAUCACAAGCAACAAUAAUGGACAGACACAUAGGACACAAUUUUCAGAUUCCACCCGGUUCAAUCACUGUUUUCUCAAUGCUCACAGUAGGCCUGUGGCUUCCAUUCUACGACAGCAUAUUAGUACCUGCGCUCCGAAGAAUCACAAAGCAUCAAGGCGGAAUCACGCUUCUUCAGAGAAUGGGAAUCGGGGUUUUGUUCUCCAUUCUUUCUAUGGUUGUAGCCGGAGUGGUCGAAAGGGAUAGAAGGGCUGCAGCCAUUUCGAGCCCUGGUUCGCCCAUAUCAGUCAUGUGGCUAGUUCCUCAGCUCGCCUUAUUGGGAUUCUGUGAGGCAUUUAACAUUAUUGGGCAUAUAGAAUUUUAUAACAAGGAGUUUCCUGAUCGCAUGAGAAGUAUAGCUAACUCUCUUUUCUUCUGCUCCUUUGGUGGUGCGAGCUAUCUUAGCACUUUUGUGGUUUCUAUUGUGCACAAAGUUACUGCAACUCGCGAUCACCCGGAUUGGCUGACGAAAGAUUUAAAUGCUGGUAGAUUAGAUUAUUUUUACUUUCUACUAGCGGGAAUGGGGGUGAUCAACCUGUUUUAUUUUCUCUACUGUGCGAACCGGUAUCAAUACAAGUCUCCCACACCCAUGGAUCAUAAAUCCUAUGGAGAUGUAGAUGUAGAGCUAAGCUUGAGCAAAACAACUCCAAGCUAAUUAAGUUACUAGUAGAUUUAGCUAUUAUUUUAGCCAUUCAAGUAUUUAUAUAUGGUUGUCUUAUAUAUAUAUAUAUAUCUUGCAGAAAAAGUAAAUUAAGAAA